UAAGAGUCUUUGGUUUUGUAACUUCAGGACUUCAGGUUGUUGAUGUUGUCAACCCAGUUGAGUUUAAUGGACUAGAGUGUUGUUAUAAUUGAUGCUUUUAGUUUCUGCAGUUGAUAAAUAUGGAAACUAUUCUUGAACAACAAAGGAGAUACCAUGAAGAACGAGAACGAUUGAUGGACGCAAUGGUCAAAGAAAUGUUGCAUAAGAAGUCCGCCUACCGAGAGGUUAUAAAUUCAGACCACCGUUUGAAGAUGCUUCUGGAUCACUACAUGGACAGUACUAAUAAUCUCAGAGAACUUUAUGAAGAUAAAGAUGGACUUAGAAAGGAGGAAGUGGCUGCACUCUCUGGUCCUAACGAAUUUGCAGAGUUUUAUACAAGACUGAAGGCCAUUAAAGAUUUUUAUAGGCGUUUGCCAAAUGAGAUCAGUAUCCCUAUGUCUGUGGAAUUUGAAGAACUGAAUAAACUGCGCGAAAAUCCCUCAGAUGAACAAGCAAACAUGGUUGAGUUUACGGAUGAAGAAGGUUAUGGAAAAUAUCUUGACCUUCAUGAAUGCUAUGAGAAGUACGUCAAUCUUAAGGGUAUAGAGAAAGUGGACUACAUAACAUACCUGACUACAUUUGACCAUCUUUUUGACAUACCAAAAGAUAGAAAAAAUUCGGAGUAUAGAAAGUACUUGGAAUCAUUGCUUGACUACCUCCAUGACUAUAUUCAGCGAAUUAAGCCAUUGCUGGACAUAAAUGCUGAGAUGGAAAAUGUGCAGAAGCAAUUUAAUGCACAAUGGGAAGCUGGAACCUUCCCUGGUUGGCCGAAAGAAACUGGAAGCGCUCUUACUCAUGUUGGAGCUCAUCUUGAUCUCUCGGCUUUCUCAUCCUGGGAAGAACUGGCUUCUCUAGGCUUGGAUCGACUCAAAUCUGCACUUAUGGCUCUUGGACUGAAAUGUGGAGGAACACUUGAAGAAAGGGCUCAGAGACUGUUCAGCACUAAAGGGAAAAAGUCAUUAGAUCCCAAUUUGCUAGCCAAGAACAAACCAGGUAAAGCUGGUCGUGGCAAAGAAAGUGAAAGGCAGAGAGAUAUUGCUGCAUUAGAAGCACAAGUUUACAGGUUCACAGAGUUAGUUUCUGAACAACGAAAUGCUACAAAAGAAAAUGUUCAGCGCAAACAAGCUCGCACAGAAGGAGAACGUGAUGAUUCUGAUGCAGAAGCAAGUGCAAGUGAAUCUGAGGAUGAGGAUGAUACUGAUGUACCAUACAAUCCCAAGAAUUUGCCACUGGGAUGGGAUGGAAAGCCCAUUCCUUACUGGCUGUACAAGCUUCAUGGAUUGAACAUCAGUUACAAUUGUGAAAUAUGUGGCAAUUUUACCUACAAGGGGCCAAAAGCAUUCCAGAGACACUUCGCCGAGUGGCGCCAUGCACACGGUAUGAGAUGUCUUGGAAUUCCAAACACAGCCCAUUUUGCAAAUGUCACACAGAUUGAAGAUGCUUUGGCAUUGUGGGAGAAGCUUAAAACACAGAAGCAGAGUGAGCGCUGGCAACCUGAACAGGAAGAGGAAUAUGAAGAUUCACUUGGAAAUGUUGUUAACAAGAAAACCUUUGAGGAUUUAAAAAGACAGGGCCUUCUCUGAUAUGGUUUAUUAUCAUUGUGUGUGCAUGUGUUUGGCAUGUAUGUGCAAGGUUUUAAAUAUUGAUGGAAAAUAUAAUGUUAGAAAGAAAGCAUGGUGGACUUAUUGUUGUUUGUGAGAACUGUCAGUUCUUAUCAACAUGAAAUUCCAUGUUCUAGCUCAGCAUUUAGUUGUGACCUACUGAGUACUGUGUUAAAUUUUGUCAAAUAAGUGUCACAGCUUUUGUUUUUAAAUGUAGCUCAGCUGUCAACAUAUGCAUUAUUGCGAUUUCCUUUUUAUUUUCUCCAGUGUACAAAAUAUUUUUUGUUUGUGUGUACCCUUUUUUAAUGUAAUGUGCAAUUUGCAGUCUUUGCCCUAUAUGACAUGUGUUUACAUUGCUGUACAGUAAUUUCUUCUGGCUUUCACAUAAAAACUGUUCUUACAAUAAUACUGUGUUAUUUUGUUAUUUAAAUGUGAGAGUGAAGACCUGUUGGUUGAAAAUAAGAUGUAAUGGUAUAGGCACAAUUAGUGUGGUUAGAUUAGUCAUUCCUGAGUUUAUGGAUUGUUACAAGCUGGCUAAUAAGGUGGAAGAUCUUUCAAUUUUUUCCAGAGAAUCUGCUCAAGUAUGUGGGAAGUUUUCCAUGGAAUAUAAUUUAAUUUUUUGGUUGAAAGGUUUGUGGCUCCAAAAUAAUCUUGAGAUGGAAAUAACAAAAGUUUUAUACGUGUCAUUGAAAAAGUGUAAAUGCUUUCGAUGACAGCUGAGACCAUCUUAUAUACGAAGACAAUAAUGAUGGUGAAGAGGAAGAAGAAGAAGAAAGUUCAGAUGACUGUUUUCAGGGUUUUUAUAUGUCAGCUUGGUUUUGUAAACUAAGAAUGUUUUUAGUCUGGCUUUACAGUUAUAAUGGUAAAAAUGUUAUUUUUUAAAAAAUGCUGAAAAAUUAAGGUGCACCUUACAGUCGGCAGCUUGUUAUAGGCCAUAAAAUACAAUAAGUUGUUUGUAUGCUGUGAUUGAAAUAGAAAAAUGGUUUCUUCCCAUCAUUCAUUAGAUGUAAAUCCACCUGGAUACUGAAACCAACAUUGUGGAUAGUGGAUCUUUAAUGUAAAGCACAAUUUUAUUUCUGUUGUUGACUUACUUUAUCAUCUUGCAGCCAUGGUUAUUAUCUGACUGACAGGAGGGUUGUGUAGAUUUUUUUAUGAACUUUCAUGGCAUAAUUCCUUAUGCGAAUUUUAUGUAUUUAAAUAGAUUGAUAUAUUUCAGUUGAAGCACAGCAUCAUGUUAUCUCUGAAACAAGAAAAUUACAUUAACAGGCAUAUUCUCUUGAGCUAUCAGAACCUUUAUCAUUCUUUCCUAUCCACAUUUGUGACUCUUUUUAGUUUUUAUAUAUCAUCCAGGUGUUCUGUCGAGUUGCUGUUUCCAUUUUAUGCACAAUGGACGACCAACUAAGCCUUCUUCUUCAUGGCUGAAUACUUGAAAGCAUACUGUACAGGUGCUGACAGAUUGAGUACGGGAGUCCUUUAGUUUCAAUAAAAGAAAAGGGAAUUUUUUUUUAAAUGUGUGGCCUAUGGAUGGCAAUGGAGCUUCACAAAUCCUUGCACGGGCCCUGGGUUGGCGACACAUCAGAUUUUUCCAGUAUGUGCCGCUAUCCCACGGCUUCUUCACGUGCUCAACAAACAAACAAACAACCUUUCUGCUGACGGGGUGACGCUUAGGGAAGCGUCACUUGCCUAGGCAGAGCUCCUACAGCAGCCAAUCAGAAAGGUCCAGAAGAUCACGUGUGAGCGCCCACCGCGCCAAGCUGCGUGAACGAGGCGUGUGGAUCGCCCUCUUUUACUGACAGGCCCCCGACGAGAUCAGACGCAUUGGUCGGUUGCCUCCGUGCACUUUUCGAGCCCCGGCUCAAUCUGUUUGCACCUUAGGGCCGCUAAACUCACAUAAUGUACCCCGGCUAGGUCAAUCAGUAAAUGUUUUCUCAAUAAACGGGAGGCAGUUUGCCGACCGGAGUUGAAAAA